AUGGUUGGGAAAGCUGUAAUCUCCGAUGACGAAGAUGAUGUUGGUGUCGAGGAAGAGGAAAGAGACGAAGAGCCAGAAGGGGAGAGGAUUGAACACGGCGACGACGAUGAUGAGGACGAAGAUGAUGAGGAAGGGCAAGAUGAAUAUGAGGAUGAUGGGUUUAUAGUUAGUGAUGUUGAGGAGGAAGAACAAGAAGAGGAGGAAGAAGAAGGUCGGGAAGAUGCUGGUGAGAGACAGAAGAAGAAGAAAAGGAAGAAAAGAGAUUCGGAAAGAAGUUUUGUUCUUGAUGAAGAUGACUAUGAGCUGCUUCAGGAGAGCAACAUAUCAGUUCCCCGGCCUAAGGAAAGCAAGAAGUUUAAAAGGUUGAAGAAAGCACAAGGUGUUUCAACAGAAGAACAUUCUGGAUUCUCUGAUGAGGAGGAUUUUACUGGGACUGGGAAGAGAGGAAGAACUGCUGAGGAGAAGGUUAAACUCUCCUUGUUUGAUGGUGAUGAUGAAGGGCAACCACUUGAGGAUAUUCCUGAGGAGCAAACAGCAGACGACGAUGUGUCAGGUUAUGAGGAUGAUGAUAUGUCUAAUUUUAUUGUUAGUGAGGAAGAAGAUGAAAAUGGAGGUCUUGUCAGAAAGAGGGUUAACAAGAAGAAACCUAGGCAGUCUACACAUGCACUCUCAGAAGCUAUUGAAAUUUUUGGUGAUGUCGAUGAAUAUCUCUCGCUUCGACAUAUGAGUUUGUCAAAUAAUGCCCGGAAUGAAGACUCUGCUGACUGGAAGGAGACGGGGUUUGAAAAAGAAUUUGAGCCCAUCAUUUUGUCUGAAAAGUACAUGACUAAGAAAGAUGACCAAAUUCGUGCAAAAGACAUCCCUGAAAGAAUGCAGGUGUCAGAGGAAAGCACUGGAGCCCCCUCAUCAGAGGGGAUAGAAGUGGAGAGCUCCUGGAUAUUUAAUCAGCUUCCACAUGGCCUUUUGCCUUUGCCUAAUAUUAGAAAAGGAACUGUUUCAGAUGAGCAUGGGAAUGAGGCACUGGUAACUGAUGACACAGAGCGCGUCGUGGAAGAGUACAAGAGAGACAUCAUGAGAUUCCUGGAGUUGACACACGUCCAAAAAUUUGAUGUUCCCUUCAUUGCUAUGUACCGGAAGGAGGAUUGUCCGAGCCUCCUCAAGGAUCCAGCACAGCAUGCUGAAAACAGUGACCAGAAUAAUUCUGACGGGAAACCUACGCUUAGAUGGCAUAAGGUGCUUUGGGCGAUUCAGGAUUUGGACAAAAAGUGGCUGCUUCUUCAGAAACGGAAGACUGCUCUAGAAUCAUACUACAACAGACGUUACGAGGAAGAGUCACGUAGAGUGUAUCAUGUAACCCGGCUGAAUUUGAAUCAGAAGCUUUUUGAGUCAAUCGCAGAUGCUCUCAAGGCAGCUGAGUCAGAAAGAGAAGUGGAUGAUGUUGACUUGAAAUUCAACCUGCAUUUUCCACCAGGAGAAGUGGGUGUUGAUGAAGGGCGGUAUAAGAGACCAAAGAGGAAAUCUCUCUAUAGCACAUGCAGUAAGGCUGGAUUAUGGGAGGUGUCUAGCAAGUUCGGCUACAGCUCUGAGCAAUUUGGUUUGCAAAUAUCACUUGAAAAUAUGAGAGUGGAAGAGUUGGAAGAUCCCAAAGAAACUCCAGAGGAGAUGGCCUCAAACUUUACAUGUGCUAUGUUUGAUACUCCUCAAGCCGUGCUCAAAGGUGCUAGGCACAUGGCGGCUGUUGAGAUCUGCUGUGAACCAAGUGUGAGGAAACAUGUUCGUGGAAUGUUUAUGGACAAUGCUACUGUUUCAACUACUCCUACUGCUGAGGGAAAUACAGCAAUCGAUUCUUUUCAUCAGUUUGCUGGAGUGAAAUGGUUGAAAAAUAAGCCACUUACUAAAUUUGAGGAUGCUCAGUGGCUUCUUAUUCAGAAGGCUGAAGAGGAGAAGCUUCUUCAAGUCAAAAUUAAGCUGCCAGAGGCCAUCCUUGACAAGCUGAUUGGCGAUGCAAACGAUUAUUAUUGUAGUCAGAGUGUGAGCAGAUCUGCUAAUUUGUGGAAUGAGCAAAGGAAACAGAUUAUUGAGGAUGCAUUUUUUAAUUUUCUUCUCCCUUCAAUGGAAAAGGAAGCUAGGUCAUAUUUAACCAGUAAAGCAAAGAGUUGGUUGCAUAUGGAGUAUGGUAGGCAUUUGUGGGACAGAGUUUCUGUGGCACCAUAUCAGCGGAAAGAAAGUGAUAGCUCUGAUGAUGAAGUUGCACCACGGGUCAUGGCUUGCUGUUGGGGUCCUGGAAAGCCUGCGACUACUUUUGUCAUGUUGGAUUCAUCUGGAGAAGUUCAAGAUGUACUGUUUGCUGGUUCCCUUAGUCUCCGUGGUCAAAGUGUCAAUGAUCAACAGAGGAAGAAAAAUGAUCAGCAGCGGGUUCUGAAGUUUAUGAUGGACCAUCAACCGCACGUGGUUGUCCUUGGAGCAGUGAAUUUGUCAUGCACUCGGCUGAAGGAGGAUAUUUACGAGAUCAUCUUCAAAAUGGUGGAGGAGAAUCCCAGAGAGGUUGGUCAUGAGUUGGAUAACUUAAAUAUUGUUUAUGGUGACGAAUCUCUGCCACAUUUGUAUGAGAAUUCGCGUGUGUCAGCUGACCAGCUUCCUGGGCAAUCAGGUAUUGUUAGGCGAGCUGUGGCUCUUGGCCGUUACAUACAGAAUCCAUUAGCUAUGGUUGCUACACUAUGUGGACCAGGCAGAGAGAUAUUGACUUGGAAACUUAGUCCUUUGGAUAGCUAUCUUACUCCUGAUGAGAAGUAUGCUAUGGUUGAGCAGGUCAUGGUCGAUGUUACCAACCAAGUGGGUCUUGAUCUUAAUUUGGCGGCAAGUCAUGAAUGGUUGUUUGCUCCACUUCAAUUCAUAUCUGGUCUUGGGCCCAGGAAGGCUGCAUUCCUGCAAAGAUCACUAGUUAGAGCUGGAGCUAUAUUUACCAGAAAGGAUCUUUUGACUGCACAUGGGCUUGGAAAAAAGGUUUUUGUCAAUGCUGUAGGUUUUCUCCGAGUUCGCCGUAGUGGAAAUGCUACCGGCAAUGGUAAUUUCAUCGAUUUGUUGGAUGAUACAAGAAUACAUCCGGAAUCUUAUGGUCUUGCGCAAGAACUGGCAAAAGAUGUUUAUAUUAUGGAUGUUGGAGAUGAGACAAACACUGAGGAAGAGGAAACACUGGAGAUGGCUAUUGAGCAUGUUAGGUAUAAACCUCAUCUUUUAAGGGGCGUCAAUGCUUAUGAAUAUGCUGUUGAUAAGCACCGCCAGGGGAAAAAGGAGACUCUUAAUGACAUAAGAUUGGAAUUGAUGCAUGGUUUCCAGGAUUGGCGAAGGCCUUAUCAGGAGCCCAGCCAAGAUGAGGAGUUUUACAUGAUUUCUGGGGAGACGGAGGAAACACUCUCUGAAGGAAGAAUUGUGCAAGCAACAGUUCGCAGGGUGCAACCUCAAAGAGCAACUUGUGUUCUUGAUUCUGGACUUACUGGCAUGUUGGCAAAGGAAGACUAUACCGAUGACUGGAGAGGUAUAGAUGAUUUGUCUGAGAAGCUGCAUGAGGGUGACAUUUUAACUUGCAGAGUCAAAUCUAUUCAAAAGAACAGGUAUCAGGUUUUUCUAAGCUGUAAGGAAAGUGAUCUGAGAAACAACCGUCAUCAGAAUUACCGAGAAAUGGAUCCAUACUACCAUGAAGACCGCAGCAUCUUGCGAACACAGCAGGAAAAGGUGCGCAAAGAGGAGCUUGCUAAAAAGCAUUUCAAACCUAGGUUGAUUGUUCAUCCUCGUUUCCGGAAUAUUACGGCUGAUGAGGCUAUGGAGUUUUUGUCUGACAAAGAUCCCGGUGAAAGUAUUGUCCGUCCAAGUUCUCGCGGACCUUCUUACUUGACUCUUACGCUUAAAAUAUAUGAUGGGGUUUAUGCUCACAAGGAUAUAAUUGAAGGUGGAAAGGAACACAAGGACAUAACAAGCUUGCUCAGGAUUGGGAAAACAUUGAAAAUUGGUGAGGACAUAUUUGAGGAUUUGGAUGAGGUCAUGGAUCGGUAUGUGGAUCCCCUAGUUACUCAUUUGAAGGCCAUGCUGAAUUACCGUAAGUUCAGGAAGGGCACUAAAGCAGAAGUGGAUGAUCUCUUAAGAGCGGAGAAAGCAGAAAAUCCUAUGAGAAUUGUUUACAGCUUUGGGAUUUUUCACGAACAUCCCGGAACAUUUAUCCUUACUUACAUUAGGAGUUCAAAUCCGCACCAUGAGUAUAUUGGUCUCUAUCCAAAAGGAUUCAAAUUCCGUAAAAGAAUGUUUGAGGAUCUGGAUCGCCUUGUGGCAUAUUUUCAGAGGCACAUUGAUGAUCCGCUUGACUCCGCCCCAUCAAUACGAUCUGUUGCUGCUAUGGUACCAAUGCGAAGCCCUGCGGCAGGGGGUACUUCAGGUUUUGGUGGCAACUGGGGUGGUUCAUCUAAUGAAGGUGGCUGGAAAGGUAGCCAGUCAGUAGACAGAGGUGGUGUUUCUUUUCCAGAUCUCACGUCCGGAAGAAAUGAUUACAGAAAUGGUAGCAGUCAAGAAGGGCAUCCUAGUGGAAUGCCUAGGCCUUAUGGUGGGCGUGGGCGUGGCCGUGGACCUGGCCGUGGCCGCGGGUCUGGCUCAUAUGUAGGUGGUAGGGGAAAUUACAACAGACAAGAUGAAGACUGUGGUUCCGAGAAGUGGGGCUCUAAAGAUGGUGAAGCCUUUGCAGGUGGAUGGGGCGUUGGUGGAAAUGGUACUGGUGGUGGCUGGGGUGGUAAUACGUCUACAGAUGGUGGCAGUAGUGGGUGGGGUGGUGGCAAUGCCAGUAAUGAUGGUGGAGGCAGUGGCUGGGGCACAACUGAUGGUGGCAGGAGUGGUGGGGAAGGCAGCAGCAGUGGCUGGGGUGCUGGUGCCAGUGGAAAUGGUGGAGGUAGGGGUUCUGGUACUGGUGGCUGGGGGAAUGAUUCAGGAAACUCUGGCUGGGGAAACAGCAAACAAUCCCAAAGUGGAGGUGGAUGGUAA